AUGUCCUUCACUAGUUCAUUCAGCAUGAUGGCUGCGGAUGCUGCGGAUGCUCUCUGCUGCAUCCUGCAUCCGCGCCGGCUCUCUCUCCUCCUCCUCACCGUCACCCUCUCCUCUCUGCCGGAUCCUGCAGCAGCGCUGCUCGGUGUCCGGCCGGAGGACACGCAGAGCGGGGAGCUGUCCGUGCAGGAUGGGAUACUUAGGGCGUCCGAGGGGACCCGCUUCAUGCUGAGGGUUUACUACAGCGCAUCUCCUGUCGUGGAGCAUCCCAACAGCCUGAACAUCAGCGGCAGACCUGACGCUGCCCCUGCCGCUCCGUGGAUCGCGUUCAUUGAGGAACAAGGAGAUGACAGCGAAGAUUCAGAGAGGCGACUUCGCUCUACAGGGAAUCCAUGUGAGGAGGAGAACGCCCGGAGCUCUGACAUCGAGCUCCUGGGCUCCUUCAGAUCCACCUCAAGUCAGAACUCAGUUUUGGUGGAGCUGCUCGCAAAGGACCUGCGCAGAGGAGAGGCGAUUAAAUACUACUCCAUGUGCGCCUUUGAUGGAGUGAAAUGGGAGCAUUUCAGCACCAAAGACUUCUGGUUAGCGGUGGUGGAGAGACCUCCAGAGGCGGAUGUUUGGCUCCAGGCAGGGGUCUCCGUGCUCCUGUUGGCGCUGUCUGCUCUCUGCAGCGGGCUCAACAUCAGCAUGCUUGCUUUGGACCCAGUGGAGCUGCGGGUUCUGCAGAACAGCGGCACAGAGAAGGAGCAGAAAUACGCACGGAAAAUCGAAUCCGUGCGUAAACAUGGGAACUACAUCCUCUGUACCGUGGUGCUGGGCAACGUGCUCACAAACACCUGCUUUGUGGUGUGGAUGUGCCAGAUUUUAGGGAUGACUGCACUCUCAACUGCCAUGUGCACUUUGGGGAUAUUCUUUAUUGGAGAAAUUUUACCUCACUCCGUGGCGUCCAGGCACAGUCUCGCCAUCGCCUCUAAGACUCUCUGCGCCACCCGCCUCCUCAUGCUGAUCUUCUUCCCCAUCGCCUACCCAGUCUCCAAGAUCCUGGACAUCAUGCUGCACCAGGAGAUCAGCAACUUCUACACCAGGGAGAAGUUGGUGGCCAUGCUGCGCGUCACAGACCCCUACCACGACCUGGUCAAAGAGGAGCUCAACAUCAUCCAGGGAGCGCUCGAGCUGAGGACCAAGACCGUGGAGGACGUGCUCACCCCGCUGUCAGACUGCUACAUGCUCUCCUCGGACGCAGUGCUGGACUUCUGCACCAUGUCUGACGUGAUGCAGAGCGGCUUCACGAGGAUCCCGGUUUACGAGAACGACAGGUCCAACAUCGUGGACAUCCUUUUCGUGAAAGACUUAGCCUUCGUGGAUCCUGACGACUGCACUCCUCUGAAAACAAUCACUCAGUUUUACAAGCAUCCCAUGCAUUGCGUCUUCAAUGACACCAAGCUGGAUGUGAUGCUGGAGGAGUUUAAGAGAGGUAAGUCCCACCUGGCUGUGGUGCAGAGGGUGAACAGUGAGGGGGAGGGAGACCCCUUCUACGAGGUGAUGGGCAUUGUCACCCUGGAGGAUGUCAUUGAGGAGAUCAUCAAGUCUGAGAUUGUGGAUGAGACGGACCUGUACACUGAUAAUCGAACCAAGAGAAGAGUUUCUCACCAUGAGAGGAAGCAGCAGGAUUUCUCCAUCUUCAAACUGGCAGAAAAUGAGCUGAAGGUUAAAAUCUCACCUCAGUUGUUGCUGGCAACACACCGCUUCUUGGCUACAGAGGUGGAGCCUUUCAGACCGUGUCACCUGUCAGAGAAGAUCCUGCUGCGUCUCAUCAAACAUCCCAGCGUUGUGCAAGAACUCAAGUUCAAUCCCAAGAACAAACACGCUCCUCAACACUACCUCUUCCAGAGAAACAAACCUGUCGACUACUUUAUCCUCAUCCUGCAGGGACGGGUGGAGGUGGAGAUAGGAAAGGAAGCUCUGCGUUUUGAGAAUGGAGCGUUUUCAUAUUAUGGCAUGCCUGCUCUCAUCCCACCCCUGCCUAUUGGUCAGAGGUAUAGUUCCAGAGCUAGUGGUCUCAACCAAUCAGAUUCCUUACUAAGUGGAGGCAGCGUAGGUCAGCUCUCUACAGGAGGAGGGGCCUACUUACCGGACUACUCGGUCCGCCAGCUCACAGACCUGCAGAUUAUCAAGAUCACCAGAAAUCAUUACCAGAACGCCCUCACAGCCACCAGGAUGGACAGCUCCCCUCAGACUCCAGACCCCAUGGAUCCCAAAGGACGGCCUCCGAUCCCAGAGGCUCGCUCGCACAGCAUUGCCCUCCCCCUCACGCACACACACACUCGCCUGGGACUGGCACGCCUUGCACAUCUCCAUCCCCACGGUGGCCUUCGCAACACGUCCCAGCUUAAUGAGAGAAACAGAAUCGUUCGCAGUAAAUCUGAUGGGCAGAGAAGUCCCAACGACACUGUGUUCCUCCGCAUGGAUGAGAUUCCCUACAUCCACGAGGACCGGACGGAUAGUUAUGGAGAGAAUGAUGUGCCUAUUGAGUCUCUGCCGUCCACAUCGCCCUUCAUCAGCUCGCGCUCUCUGUCCAGCUCUGAGGAGAACAUUGGAAAGCGGCUGCUGCGUAAACUGAGUAACAAGAGAAGGAAAAAGUCUCGAGAUGAAGAGAAAAGUCUGGAAGAGCGUUCAGAGGAAAGUUCAGAGCAUUUACCAGCCGCCAGCUAGCACAGUGAGCCUGAGGAGGAAGGAUGAAACACCUUCUCCCUCUUUUAUCUUCCACUGGUUUUCCUCUCUAAACAACAACCCCAUCGUAAACUCUCUCCUCGCUCUGCCACCACUCCCACAGGAGACUGAGCCAUCAUAUCUGCUGUACACUCUGUCCCUCCUCUGCCUAACUUCACUCCCUCAAAGUGACGCUACAACAGGGACAGAUCUGAAAAGACAAACUUGAUUGGACAAAUCUAGACAACACAGUUUUGGAUUUAUCCAGCCUUACACUGGACUCUGUGGACCUCACAUGUUUUAUAUUAGCAUGUGUUAGCAUUUUAUGGUAGCUUUAGCCAUGUUGCUAACAUUUAAGCAUGUCAUUUUAGCCAUAGCGUGUUAAAGCAGCAUUGCUUGUGCUUCUUGUGACUCUUAACAUGAAACCCAGCAAGAUCCUUAGAUAAUGUCUGAGCCAUUUGAUUUUAUUUAAAUCCAGCAGCCGUAUUUAAUACUUAUUUCUUAAGAUGAAGCAGUUCCUACAUUCUGAAAAGGAUUUUUGCACAGGGAACCGUCUUAAUGGUGCCAUAAUGGUGCCACCUACUGCCACACAAUCUGACACACUCACCAUCAUUUAAGACUAGGGAUGCACCAACGGAAAAAAAUCACAGCUGACACUGAUUCAAAUGUUAAAAACAACUUGGCAAUGUAGCAGGUUAAUAUUAUCAAAAGGUUAGCAGAGUUUCAGGAUGUAACAAUACCAUGCAGUACCAUCGAAAUCCAGUAUGAAAGUAUGCUGUGACUCUAGCCAGUGAUGUCUUGUAGCAUCAUCUGAAGUGGGCUUUUGGGAACAAGUUGCUAACUAGCUAACAGGCUGUAACGAGUCAUAUAUGAAUCAACUUGAUAUAAAACACAGUCAGAAGAGUAGGUUGGAUGUAAAGUAGAACAUUUUUAAAUGCAUUCUUACAUUGAAGUAAAUAGUUAGAAGGUAAAAUUAGAUAAAUCAGGUUAGGAACAUCUGAAUGGUUGAACAAGUUAGUUCAACUUAGCUAAUUUGACCAUUCUUUCGUAUUUUUGGUGAAAUAUUUUUCAAAAUAUGCUACAUUUCUUGCAGGCCAACUUCAAGUCCUGUUUUUUUCCAGUCAGUUUCAGGACACUUCUAAUCCUGCUCUAGUCCCAUGGAAUACGUGUCCUGUCCCAGAACACAUAUUCCAUGGUGAAAAGUUGACAAGAUGAUCCCCUCCCUCAUGGCUGCAGGUAAUUUCUAUCAAGUUUCUAUCUGUAAAGAUGCCUCCUAGUUUUGAGCACCAGGAGACUUCAUCCAACAUUUACAGAAAUAUGGACAUCAGUUGCAUACGUAAGUGGAAACUAGGGGUAAAGCUCCUGUGAGGAACAUUUAAUUGGUGUUGAUCUGGUGCCCCCUAUCAGCAACAUGGUACACCUUAUCUCUUCCUGUACUUGCUUAAGUAAUCUCCCUCCUCUCUUUCAACAAACAAUUGUUUCACUCCUCAAGGAUUUUUAAUGUGCAGAGCAGCGUUGAUCACCUCAUCUGACACCUACGCUGCAGUACCAGUCUGAGGCAUUAAGAAUAAGGAUAUAGAAAUAAUCAGUCUUAACGCAGAUGAUCUUCUCUGCUUAAGAAGCUCACAAAGAGACAUCAGUUUAAAUUUCAGUCUGUUUUAUAAACACAAAGAAAACUCCUAACAGGAGCUUUUAAAUGAUGCAAAGCAAUGGACAUAUGCUAACAACUCUAAUUAUUUAAUGCCAAAAUUUUUACCAAUAGGUUGAUAUUUCUUAACUGCUGAUAUACUGGUGCAUCCCUAGCUAGGACUAAAAUCCACCAGACAAGAGCACAAUUUUUACACUGGAUUUAGAAGAACACAAUCAUAGAAAAAGCCAUAAAUUAAUCCUCAGCUUGAAUCACGAGUUACUGUAAACACUGACCUCUGAAAUUUCAGAGCUGUGCACAAUUUUACAAACACCUGUGCUAGAAUGACUGACAAUUCUUACCUGUUUUUAUAUAAAAGUGUCAGAUUGACCAAAAGUAAUACAAAGAAGCAAUAUAAGUCAUCCUACAUGCUGUUAAUGUCUUGAAGUUAUCAUCACAUACAUGCAUACAGACUGAAACCUACCUGUCUUUCCAUCAAACAUCUCAUCCUUGUACCUGUUUUGACACAGUUUUCACUUCUUAGGAAACAAUCAGCAACCCAUACCAACAUCUUACAAUCAGUGAGCA